CAAAAAGGCUGAAGGGGAGGAAGAGAAGAAGGCAGUGGCUUGCCUUACUUGCUUGCUUGCUGGUCUGCUUGCUGGUCUGCUGGAAGUUUGACAUCAUGUUGGCCAUUGAGGCGGCGGAUGAGGCGGUGCGGGAGUACCUUGUGUUCCGCGGCUUCACCGACACACUGAGGGCAUUUGAUCGUGACUGUCAGGCAAGCAGUCGCUUCCUCUACAAGGCUGGCGCGCUGGUGCGGCAUGUGUUGACGCUUGUGGCGUCGAGCGAAUAUCAGGAACUCAAAGAGUUCUGGAGACAGCUGGAAACCAACAUCUUCGCCAAGCUGGAUGGCAGCUUCCAGGAGAAGGCGCUCAAGUUCCACGACCACAUCCUCCGGCUCUUCCUCGUCACCGCCAGGCAGAAGCAUGCCACCACCCAACUGAACGAGGCGCUGGGCGACAUUGCGGCUAGUGGCGCCUCCGGAUGGCAAGAGUGGUUUGCUCUGCCGCAUGUGCAGUACCCUGAGGAGCACCAGGUGUUCCGCGCAUAUCUGCUUCGCCCCACCACAGACCGCGUCAAGCAAGGCCUGUACAACUUUCUCAGCAGCGCCCUCGCCAACGUGCAACCACUGCCAAUUUUGCUACAGGGCGCCACUUUCACACCGCCAGCAACGGCUUCCAGUGCCGCUGAACUCGCCAAGCUCAAGGCCCGCGUGCAGGAGCUGGAGGAGGAAACGCGGCUGCUGCGCAGUGGUGAUGGUGGCGCGGACAACACGACGGGCCAGCGGCCAGCAUCAACGCCAACAUCGAAUGGAGUGCACGAGGUGGCCGUAGUGAAAGGGCCGUCGACACCACACACCACAGCGGCAGAGAUGGUGGUGGUUGAACCGCUGGAAGGGCAGACGGGUACAGAGGCAGAGAGGGCGAAGGCCAAUCAGGCGAGUGAAGAUCGAGGUGAGGAAACAACUGAACACGACCGCGGCCGCGAGGAAGUCAUCAACUCCGGCGCCACGACGACGACGAUGGCGACGAUGGCGACGAUGGCGACAACGACGACGACGGCCUUCAAGGACGCACCAACUGAUGCUGCAGCCGAUGCGCAGACCACUGCCUCCGACGAUGCAUGGCAACAACAACAACAACAACAACAACAACAACAACAACAACAACAACAACAACAACAACAACAACAACAACAGCAGCAACAGCAACAGCAACAGCAGCAGCAGGAGCAGCCACCCUCGCGUUCGUCUCGCCCUUCAUCCUCUGCAUCCGCGGAACAGCCGCACACAUCAAGAACGCCGUCAAGACGACGAGGACUGCGCCCGGAGCCCUUUAUCAGCGUUGGACAGGAGCGUUUCCGCGGGCACAGCGCCGCCAUCAUCGCCUGCUGUCUCUCUUCAAAGUCAUCCCGUGUCCUCAGCGCUGACGCAGCAGGCGCAAUCAUACUGUGGGAUCGCGCCACGCUCGACGUGCUCUCGUCGUGGCAUCUUGACCACGUGAACCACCUCGCAUGGCCGCCGGGCGCAGAAGAGGCGUUUUAUGCCGUGAACGGGUCGGGCGUGUACCGGUUCCGGUCAUCGUCGUCGUCGUCAUCAUCGCCGUCUGCAGCGCAGCCAACGUCGCUUCCCCUCUCCGCCCCAUCUGCCCUCUGCAUUUUGGUGGAGUCAGACACUGCCAUCAUCGGCACCCUCGACCAAUCUGGUGCUCCACAGCUCUCCUUCAUUGACACAUCAUCGGCAUCGCAGCUCGCAGUAGCGCGCAACGUCUCACUGGCGGUCGAUUCUGCCGCUACCGUCACCGCCAUCGCCACGAACACAACGGAAUCUGUCAUUGCCGUCGGCACCAGCGGCGGCCACAUCGUCACGCUCGCUGCGUCAAAGCCGGCCGCUGCUCCACACGAUUCCCUCCGCAUCGACUCGCGCGUCGCCGCCAUCGCGUUCUCGGCUGACCAUUCGUUCAUCGUCGCUCAGAGCGAACAUGGAACGGUGUAUCAGUGGAGCGGGUCGACGUUGUACCGGAAAAUUGCCGUCAACACCGCCAUGCACCCGUCUGCCAUCACCGUCUUUGAUCGGCACAUCGCCAUCGGUGGGCUGUUGAGUAAGCGUGCUGCGUCCUCCAUCACCCGUCAGGGCGUUCGUGUUGGCGCCGACAACGCUGUGCUCAUCGUGCCGCUGACGAAAACGGAUGAAGAAGAGCAACAGGAGCAACAGCAGCGCAGCAGUGGCAGCAGUGGCGGUGGAGAGGAAGGACGUGGUGUGGACGUGAGCAAUGUUGUUGUGAUGGCAGUGCCUGCACCACCCGCUGCGACUGUAUGCUGUUUGGCAUGGGAGGGCGACUACUUGUGUGCCGGUAGCGACCAAGGCGCCAUCAGCGUCACCACGUUCGUCUCCAUGUAGCACUGUUGUUCGUGUUGAGUUAUUGUGUUGGUGUUGUUGCUGUGUGCGUUGUGUGUUGUGUUUGUCUGACUGUCUGACUGUCCGUCUGCUUGUGAGGCACUUCCCUCGUCACUUCAGCUCCACACACACACACACACACACACACACACACACACACACACACACACACACACACACACACAUGACUUGCGAUGUUGGAUCGUUCUCUGGUUGAUUAAACACAUAGACGCACGC